AUGGCGCGCGUGGAGCUAAGGACCAGCAUAGACGCGUGUGAGAGCUGCGAGGAGGCCGUGCUCCUUCAGAGCUCACGGACUGCGGCCAUGAUCGCUGCAAGCAACACUCCUCCCCCGGCCAAGCCGGAGGAUCCCCCUAUCAUUUUGCCUCCACAGCCUCCACCGCCUCCACAGCCUCCACGGCCUCCAGAGCCUGCAUAUCCGCUUACAGAUCUGGCUUGGAAACCGCGUCCAAAGGAGGACAUCAAAGUGGUCCUCAAUAGCGUGACGGGCCCCAUCGACGUCAUUUACUCGCACUCAAAGGCGGAUGCGGUCAAGCAGGCGACCGACAUCUUCCGAAGCAAAAGGUUGAUUGACGAUUCAGAGGAAUGCCGCGAAUGCAAGUCCGCCGUGUACACGGCGUGCUGCCUGGAGUUCAGGCAACAACCGGUGUUGGAUGUGAAUGCGGUCCAGGGACCAACACCAGAUGGGUUUGAACUGGGGCUGGAGCAGCUGGAGCCGGAAGCUGGCUCCAAUGAGACAGAGGAGACAGAGAUCCUGGGCUUGGUCACCUUCAGCGACGAGCGGGGCUUGGAUCCGGAGCUGGUGGGCUUCGUCCGCGACUUGCCCUUGCAGCCUGCAGGGCGCCAGUCGCUGCUGACGCAGUUCCAACACCAAGGCAUCAAAUCGAAGAGCCAGCUGGCGGGGAUCAAUCCGGUGGAUCUUGACCUGAGCUCCGAAGAUUCGAUCACCAGAAACAACGUGCAGUCGCAGCUGGCCACCGCGAAAGAGAGGGAGUCGCAGAAGCUUUCUGCGACUGGAAAGACAAGGAGCAACACGAACAGCUUCCUGAAUUCCUAUGGCGCGCAGGGAAUGAUGCAGGCCGCCCAAUCUCAGGCCAACGAUGCGCUGAACAAAGCCAGCGCAGCGCGCCAGGCUCUGGCGGAUGCGACAAGUCAGGUCGCCAAGGAUGGCAACAAUCAGCUCAGCGCGGCCAGCAAGAAGGCUCUGGAGGAUGCGCUUGCCGAGCUGGACCGCCUCAACCUACAGGAGGCAGACCUCGACCUUAGCAGUGUCUCCUCCCAGAUAGACGGCCUCAUCGCUUCGGGCGGCUACGUGUCGGGCUGGAAGUUGGGCACCAUGGAGACGGUCGACACCUACGGUUUGCUCCGGGGCGUGCUGGUGACGGAUCGCCCCGGGCAGGACGGAUUGCCCGUGGAUCGGCUGGCGCCCGUGUGCUCCUUCAAACCACGGCUCGCAAAGGAUGAGGAGCAGCUGAAGGCAGCCAUCACCCUGGAUCCUGAUCUCGAGUCCUCAGAGUACUUCCUGGAGGCUGAGGAUGCCCGGGACGUGCAGACGGCCAAUUCCAUCAUCUCCUCCUAUGGGACCAGUGCCAUGAGUGCCUUGGCGAACAACUUCGGCUUCGGGCUCUCCGCCUCUGCAGGACCUAUCCCUAGGCAAAGAACCGAAGCUCCGAACCUUCCAGCCUCACAGCGUGUCCUUUCGGCGGCUAACAUGCUCAACGUCUCGUGGAGCGGCCUCCAGCUCCAGUUUUUGGUGGGCCGCUCCGAGUUGGCAGCCGCACUACGCCGGCGCCUGCGCCGCUGUAUGCGAAGCAGCCCGGGCCUGACCUGUCCUGCCAGCCCGCAGGGCCCAUGCAAGUCGAACCGGCUCCAGCUGCCGCUGCUGCCCCUUCACGGGCUGCCCUGUUCCUUCUUGUGUCGAUCCAGCCGGGCUCGGCUGGGCUUCAGUGGCCAACACCGCCCUCAUGGCCGAGGGCCUUUGCUCGAGCGUGGCUUUGCUUCCAGGGCCGACUGGGUACAGCAUCUCCACAAGGCCUGCCUGGUGCUAGGAUGCCUUUCUACGGCAGCUGGCAGCUGCGCGCUCCUGCCCCCGUGCUGGCCGGGGCUCUGUGGCAGUUUCCAGACCAAGAGGCGGAGUGCGCCUGGUCGCCACAGGUGA